CGGACGAGGACUCCGCACUGGAAGUUGAACAAAGGCGCGGCGGACGUGUCCGAAGACAGAUGAGAAAGUCAUCGCGCUGACGUGCGACGCUCACGAUGGGAUUUUCGCAAGGGCCGUGAGCGCCAUGACCAAAUGCUUUGACUCGCCGAGGGAGGGGGGGCGGAAUGAUAUUUCUCCUCCUGAGCUUUGACUACUGUACAUACUUCCAUGUCCCCCUCCCGCCUAUUUUUAGCGUUGGCCCCCGCAACAAUGUCACGCGUAACUCGACGCCAUCUGUUAAGUCAGAGCUCGUUGAAUGUCACUUGACAGGCAGAGGCGUCGCGAUCACCUUCCCAGUCCGGACUCUCCGGCCCGGCGCGAUCAUGGAGUUGGAGGGACAAGCCAGACAGACUCGGGCCUGCCGCCUCCUCGUCCCGGGUCUGGACGUGGAUGAGGAUGAGAGCGAGGUGGUGAUCAGCAUCAGGCCCAAAUCCUCUCCCCUCCCACGGAGAAGAAACUCGGUCUCGGACGAGGAUUCCGAGUCAGAACUGCCUCCUUGUAGUUCCAGGAGGGUGUCCUUUGCGGACGCUAAGGGUCUAAGUUUGGUACAAGUCAAGGAGUUUGAUUUGUGGGACGUGCCCAAGCCGCCGGGAAUGGAGUCCUUGGAAGGAGACGGACUACCUAAAGAGGACUACUCCCUGUCUCCUCUGACUUUCCAAUCGCCGUUGUCUCCGGAGGAUCUGCUGGUUAGGGUCCAGGAGCAGAAAAUAGAGUUGGAGUCCCUGGAGUUGAUCCCAGGAACGACCACGCUGAAAGGUCUGAUCCGCGUCCUCAACAUGUCCUUCCAUAAAGCCGUCUACGUGCGGACCACUUUGGACCGCUGGGCCAGCCACUUUGACCUCCUGACCGAGUACGUCCCCGCUUCCGGCGACGCUCACACGGACCGCUUCUCCUUUAAGCUCACCUUAGUGCCCCCCUUCCAGGAGGACGGAUCCCGCGUUGACUUUUGCCUGCGGUACGAGACCCCCUUGGGAACUUUCUGGGCCAACAACAACAAUAAAAACUACGUGUUGCUCUGCCACCAAAGUAUGAAAGACCAGAAAGAGAACCUCCAGAACCAGAACACGCAGAAGAAAAGCUGCCUGAAGACCGCGAGUCAAAACUUUGCGGAAGAGGCUAACGAAACACCAUCCCAAGGAGCAGAUGUCUUGACAAAUGGAGAAAAAGAUGACAAAGAGCAAGCCACCCCACCUCCUGAUCACUCACAUGAUGGAGACAAUUUGGAGGCCGAGUACAGGCGAAGCUGCAGCCGAAGAAAGGCGGCCCGGAUGGCUCGGGUGAGGGACUACUUUUCUCAGCGAGACGGCGGCAAAGAAGAUGACGGAAGCGACACGCCGCGUUCGGAAGACAGAGAAGAAAUCCCGGUGGGGGAGCGGGCGGGUGGGCAAUCUUUGGCAGAAGAGAAAUGGAAACGUGAAGGCCCUCGUGAUAGUUUUGAAAAAACAUUCAGUGAAACGCCGGCUCAACAAGAUGAGACAUGGGCACGAGUUGAACCGCAGACCCUUGAGGACAUCAGUGUUGGUUCAUUAAUCGGCGGUGAUGCCAGCACAGACAUGUCAGUCGACGAGCCGCCUCCCACUCAACAUUGCAACACGUUUGUCUCAGAAGCUGAAUGCACCAGCGAGAGCAGCAACCGCUUCAAUUUUGAAAUUGUGGUGGCUCCUCUGGACCGUCAGAUCCUUGGCGAGAAUGAGGACUGGACGUGCCCAGAACAGACUUUGGGAGAAAACUGUUCAACGGCCCGUGAAGUUCAAGAAAAUCUAGUCAGGAACAACAAUGAUAUCCCAACUCUGUCAUCUUUUCAGAAUCUGGUUAGCGAAGACCGAGAUCACCAGGCCAGUUUGGAGUAUCCAGACUGGUGCGACACAGGAGAUGUUUUGAUGGACUCAAUAAACACCACACAGAACCAUGAACAACUUCAGGAAAUGGAUUUGCCAUCACAACUCUCAGAUACAAUUCAGAAUCUGGUUAGUGAUGACGUUGAGCAGCGAAUCGGUUUGGAGUGUGGAGGCUGGUCGGGUCCCGAAAAUUCUGUGGCACAAUCGGUGGAAAAUACACAAAACCAUGAACAGACUUCGGAAAAUGUGAUCACCAACUCAAAUGAACAGUGCGUUCAUGCCAGUUUGGAUGUUCUUCACCGUGAAGAACACAUUUCAAAAUCAGAGGGUUCAGAAACCAUUCAGAGUCACACAGACGCUGUUGUUAGCGACAGUGUAGAUGACUCGGCCAGUUUGCAGCAGACAGACUGGCCGGAUACGGAAGAUGCCGUAAUAAAACCAGCAGAGAAUUCGCAAAACCCGAAACGGCUUCAGAAAAUUUUGAUCAAGAACUCAAUGGAAGAGUGCCUCGACAUCAGUUUGGAUGUUCCUCUCCCUGAAGACGGUGCUUGGAAUGAUGCUGGUGUUCCCAUUGAAAGUAAACUCUCAGAUAAAACCGAUACAAAGUUAACAGAGAGGCACACAAAUCGGGAUUUACUAUCAGGGGGCUCACAUCGUCUGAGCCUAGAACCAGACAGCAUUCAGGUGCCAAUAAACAGAUCUGCAGGUUCAACCAAAAAUGAUGUCCCGCAGAGUCAAUCAGAGCCCGUUAGCAAUGCCGUAGAUCACCAGGCAAGUUUGGAUCACGCAGACAAGUCGAAUCGAGAAGAUUGUGUGGCAGAAUCAAGUAUUUCUACUUCAGGAGAUUUGACCCAUCCUGAAGUCUCCAGUUACACAGGCACUGAGAGACCAGAGACGGAAGUUUCUGUCAGAUCGCCUCGGACUUUUCUUGGAACUCAGAAGGAAACCUGUUGCAUUGGCACAGUGCAACGUUUAGGUGAAGAGGACCUGGUGACAAACCUGAUCAUGUGCAAAGAUCACUCACAAGAAGAUCAGGAGCCUUUUAGCAAUGCAGAGAUAGAUGUGGUACGAAACUGGGAGACCAUGGUGGAGGAAGAAGAAGUUAACAUAUCAGGGGAGGAGAUCCAGAACUCUCCAGGAGAAGAGAAACCUGAUGACCUGAUGGAAGAAAUUCAGGAGGUCACAUCUCCAGAGAUGGGAGAGCUUGAAAAUGUCUUUCUGCACCAGACCCAGACAAAGGGGUUAGAAAAAGAACACGUGGAGAGGAUUUCUGAAGACCGUGACGCUGAAAAACACUUUGUGGAGACACAGGAAGUCAAAAUGGGUGUUGAGAUGUGGGAGGACAAGGUCACCGAUAAAGGUAGAGGUGAUGCGGAAUUGAAAGAUCAGGAGCGGGAUGUAGAUCCAGGAAAUAAAGCGGAUGACAUUUCUGUUGAUGAGGCAGAAGGCAAAGACGACGUCAGGUGGUCGGAUUUCGAUCGAAACAAGCUUGAGGAUGCUAGCUUGAGUCAUCUGUGUGAGGGUGAUGAAUCCUUGGGAGAGGCCAGUGAACAGAAUCCAGAUCCUGCAGUUGUCCGUGACGAAGACAAGACUGUGACUCAUGAGGACGCCGACGACAGGCUACGCGUCUUCACCGAGGAACCAGAGAGCGACGACGCCUCGGCAGAGUCCGACUCGGACGACGAGGUGGAGCUUUACAUGCGCUGUCUGCGUGCGGUCCAUACCAAAGACCAGAGCAUCGAGGCGGGUUUCAGCCUGAGCAAAAGAAGGCCCUCCCUGAGCAGGAGCAAACCGCUCCCCUCCCUCAUGCCGCCCAUCAGCGAGUCGGCGGACGAAGAACACGGUGGCUCCGUUCGGGAUGGCCGCGAAGACGCGCGAGCUGACGACGCGGCUCGGUCGCAGCCCAGCGGACCUAAAAACUCCGGCGGAUACGUGGCAAAGUGGAAAGAGACAUGUUCCUGCAGCUGUAUGUCCAAAACAUUGUUGUACGCCACCUUGCUAGCGGUGUUUGUCGUCACGGCCUAUUACUAUGACUUUCUUGCCUGUUUUGGCCUCUACCUGCUUUCUGUGGUGUGGCUCUUGUGCCAAGGAGAGAAACAGCCAAUUAGAGACAACUCGAUAGGUUAAAUUCUAUUUGAAAAAUGUAUCAUUAUCAUUUGAUAAUUCCCAUGUAACAGUCACAACAAGGAAAACACUCCUUUUUACGCUGUACUCUAUGUUCCGGGCCUCAACUAAACGACCGUAUAUCCUCAACAAACUUGAUGCAGCACAUUUCAAUCUCUUCGCUAUCAUCUUUGCUGUUUUUCCCGAUCUUGUGACUUCUCUUCAACACAUGCUGUGGGCUUUAAAUAUAAAAAUGAAGUUGUACACAACAUAUUACCCAUAACUACGAGGAAAUAUGAUACUUUAAGCCAACUGUCUUCUGUACACUUUCUCGCACCUGCUGACUUGUUUUCUGGUCACUGUCACAAGCCUUUUAUAAAAUGGAAAUGACUCAAAA